UGGGUGAGUCGCUCAUUUCCAUGUCGCCCUCUUGUCAUUAUCUUCAACCUCGCCAACCCUUCAUCCUUCAAGCAUGACUGCUGGACGAGCGAACAGCCCAUUUCACACAAUGGAGCGAGCCACACCAACGGGGCAAUUGUCCCCAACCAUCAUCAACCUCACUUUUUCAAGCCCCAAGGUAGGGGUGGUCGCCCUGUAGACUACUUCGUUGCGUGCUUCAGGUGACAAGAAGUGUCGCCGUGAAGCGACGACGGGGCCUUGGUGCUCCGCGGUCAACUCCACCCCCUAACUUUGUCGAGUCUCGGGAAACCUUCUUGACAUACAUCCCUCCCCGCGCUCUCGGAGACGCGAUCCUGUACUCAGGAACCCCAUCACCGCGGCCCGCCGCUAAUAAGACCCGCAAAGGGUAUAUUCUUUUCAGAAACGUGCCGAGUCUUGUGUCGCUUAGUUCAUUGGUAUAGAGGCCGGUGUCGUACUUGGAGUCAGGUGCAAUUUGUCUUCAUACAAACAGAAAUAACACACUGAAUCAGCCGUUACGCGGAUCGAUUAUCAACCCAACGAUAGAGCUGAUAGAUUGUCAUCAAGUUCAUCGUCCAGCGUCAUCAUCUCUCCAACGCCAGCCGCCCGCGAACGGCUUCCCAGGACUCAAAAUGCAAGGACUAAAGAGAGAUAGGGCUUGUUUGGCAGGCAUGCCGGUCGAAAUAUUGCUCGAAAUCUACCACCACCUGGACAUUGCUGCCAUCUUCGAGCUUUCAGCAGUCAACAGGUCGUUCUUCAAUUUCUACCUCCGAAGAAAGGCUACUAUCCUGCUUCCAGUCCUCGAGAGAGAUUUCGGCCCGUUUGACGAGCUCCUCCAGGUCUACACAGCGUCUGCUGACGACAUCAACGUCAAAGAUGACUUGUAUAAGCCGCGCCGCAUCGUCUUCAGGCGCUUUGUUGGAGAUGCCGGGCUUAUGCUAACACAAUACUCUCCUGCGCCGAAUGUGCCUGUUGAGGGUAUCGGCAAUGGGUUCAUCCGUGUAGAUCAAAGUCGCAGGGCAGCUCCGUCGCCAGCAUUGAGUCAGAAGACGUCCGUGUUGACAGAGAAUGAUCUCGGCGGCCUCUUGCAGCACUGUCGGCUCGUUCAGAGGUGGGAAGCGCUGUUCCCGCAGAUGAGGUGGUUCAAUCAACCUGAAGACUGCCGUUUCUUGCGACCCCAUGAGUCGUUCAGAUUUCGCAGAGCCUUGUACAGGUGGUGGCUCUAUGGCCUCUACUUUCAUGGCGAGUUUCCUCGCCCACGCGUGGGGCAUCCUGAGCCGCAUGUGGACGACAUUCGAACCAGUCAAAUGCGCCAUCACUCUACUGCCGAGCUUCUUGAGUUGAUGGAUUUUCUGGAAACCAUCAAGGACGUGAUUUUGCACUAUAUCUGCCCGCGCUUGGAUCCGAGUCAAAGCACAAUCGAGGGCGAAGUCGCUCCCAAUGGACUUGCAGACCGGAGCCACUCGCUCGCCACCAGCUGGAUGGACCAAAGUCGUUGGGGCCGUGUCAUUAGAACGUAUGCGAAACUUGGUCCCGAGGAACUGUUGUACUACUUCGACAACAUUUACAGCUACCCGCGGAAACGCCUGAUCACAGAGAUUCGGCUCCAACACCCCAGCUUUACCUUUGAUCAAGAGUCCAUCCAAAUUGCCGUUCGCUGUGCGCUGGAUGAGCGGCAUUGGUUGGACAAGAAGCCCAGUCUGGCAGAGGAUCGUUGCGGUGGAAUCAUCGACUUUGAUGAUGAGCGCGACGAGCAGAGAGGCGCUCUCAAGCAUGACGGCAGCCCGGAUGGGUCAUUGCCUCAAGGUGCCCGGCCUGUGCCAUCAUUUUCGAGGUACUCUCCGCGAGGCGAUGACGGCUCGUUCAUGGACGACCAUUACCAUUUAUCUGGGUUUGAAGGGCGUGUGGCUGCGGCGAUGGCCUUGGAUGCCGUAGUCUAGACGCGCAUUGGAUGCCUAAUCUAUCGCGAACCCACGAGGGCUCGCAUUGUGCUGGCAUGGCAGUCUGCGUAUUCAUUGGGCUGCCUUCUUCACUUCGUACACGGCGGGCAAGCUAUAGAGCAUCAGAGCAGCGGCCAUCGUUGUGGAACGCUGUGCCGAUGUCACCGUCAGUGGCUUUCUUUGACUUGAGAAGACGGAAUAAAGGUGGAUAUUCAUCUUGAUGCGUCCGCGUGUGGACCGGAAAUUCAGGCUGCGUCGUCAUGUAGCACCGGCUCA